UUGAAAUUGUGUAUUUUGGUGCAGGAGUGGGUGUUGGAGUUGGGGUUCCCCUUUUGAUUGUAGCGGCCAACUUGGGUGGAGUCCUCUCUCUCUCUCGAUCUCACCGUGGCGUCUUCUUCUCAGGUUCCCUAAGUCAACUUUCAGUUUUUGAUUGUUGAGGAUGGUGCUGGUUUUGGCCCUGGGGGAUUUGCACAUACCCCACAGGGCACCAGAUCUUCCUGCAAAGUUUAAAUCCAUGCUUGUCCCUGGCAAGAUCCAGCACAUAAUUUGUACUGGAAAUUUAUGUAUUAAGGAAAUUCAUGACUACUUAAAGACUCUUUGUCCAGACUUGCAUAUAACUCGUGGUGAGUAUGAUGAAGAGACCAAAUAUCCGGAGACCAAAACACUAACCAUUGGCCAAUUUAAGCUGGGACUAUGCCAUGGUCAUCAGGUUAUUCCAUGGGGAGACCUAGACUCACUGGCAAUGCUACAGAGGCAGCUUGAUGUAGACAUCCUUGUCACAGGUCACACCCAUCAAUUUACAGCUUACAAACACGAGGGGGGUGUGGUUAUAAAUCCAGGUUCUGCAACAGGUGCCUACAGCAGCAUCACCUAUGACGUGAACCCAAGUUUUGUCCUCAUGGACAUCGAUGGUCUGCGUGUUGUGGUUUAUGUAUAUGAACUCAUUGAUGGAGAGGUUAAGGUUGACAAGAUUGAUUUUAAGAAAACAACCACAAGCCACUCUGCUCAUUAAACACUAGGGUUUUGGUCCUGGUAUCUUGUCUUUCUCUUAUUUGGUUGUUUAGUUUUUUUCCUCAAACUUUGUCGAGGGUGUACUGUUUUUAGUUUUAUUUUGCUUUGUACACUUGUAUUUGGCCAUAUCAUAGGAUUCUUAGAUUUGGUUAAUAUGUGAUCUGAGCCAAACUUAAUGACUGAUUGAUCAGCAACGGCUGUGGAUUCCAUUUACCAGUGAUUGCUUGAUUGGCGA